AAUGUUGUGGAAAAGUGAAACCAGUCAAGUCAGUCUGUAACAAAUAAUUUAGCAAGUUAGACAGCCUGUAUCAUCACUAGCUAGGACUUACAUUUCCCUAAAGUGCGAUAUAUAUAGUUAGUACCCGCGAUGUCUGGUCACGGCUGCUGUGAAGACGAGCACGAGCCAGUUGAACGGGGCCUGGAGUAUGCACUUUAUCAGCGCAUUGACAUCGAGAAACUGCAGUGCCUCAACGAAGCAAGAGAAGGCGAUGGGAAACUCGUACUUAAACCAUGGGAUCAACGGACAGACAGGGAGAAGUUUGUUGAGAGUGAUGCUGAUGAAGAGCUCCUGUUCAACAUCCCGUUCGCCGAAAGUGUCAAACUGAAAGGGAUCGUCAUCGCCUGUGAAUCGCAUCCUGCUGAAAUGAGACUAUACAAGAACAUACCCCACAUGUUCUUUGACACAUGCAGAGAACCUGGAAUACCUAACUAGUUCACAUAUCACGGAACUUUGGGACAGAGUACACACGGGUCUACUACAUUGGGCUGAGAGGGGAGUACUCCCAGGUGAGAACAAACAUGAGACCAACGUUCAGUAAAUGAUCUUAUACAGCUCAGACAGUGUAUGCCUCAGCUGAGUUUAUUUUUCUUAUUGCUCUAAGGAUUUCCAGAAUUGUUUCACUUAUGUAUCAGGCUUUACUCUGACUUAUAUGUUGUCCAUUUUUUUAAAAUGGCAAAACACCUCACCUCUGUCUCAUCUGUUUUCUUCCUCCCAGGCUCACAGGCAUGAAUCAAAUCAAAUCAAAUUUAUUUAUAUAGCCAUUCGUACAUCAGCUGAUAUCUCAAAGUGCUGUACAGAAACCCAGCCUAAAACCCCAAACAGCAAGCAAUGCAGGUGUAGAAGCACGGUGGUUAGGAAAAACUCCCUAGAAAGGCCAAAACCUAGGAAGAAACCUAGAGAGGAACCAGGCUAUGUGGGGUGGCCAGUCCUCUUCUGGCUGUGCCGGGUGGAGAUUAUAACAGAACAUGGCCAAGAUGUUCAAAUGUUCAUAAAUGACCAGCAUGGUCGAAUAAUAAUAAGGUAGAACAGUUGAAACUGGAGCAGCAGCACGGCCAGGUGGACUGGGGACAGCAAGGAGUCAUCAUGUCAGGUAGUCCUGGGGCAUGGUCCUAGGGCUCAGGUCCUCCGAGAGAGAGGAGAGAAUUAGAGAACGCACACUUAGAUUCACACAGGACACCGAAUUGGACAGGAGAAGUACUCCAGAUAUAACAAACUGACCCCAGCCCCCCGACACAUAAACUACUGCAGCAUAAAUACUGGAGGCUGAGACAGAAGGGGUCAGGAGACACUGUGGCCCCAUCCGAGGACACCCCCGGACAGGGCCAAUGAACUGACCAUCUGCAACUACGAGGUGUCGGCUAACCCUGCAGACCAUAAAGUCGACAGCAUCAUCCCACAAACAAAUGUCAUCUCCUGAGAGAAAGGAGGGGUGGGAUAGUUGCAUUGACAGAGAUGGGUCAAAAGGAAGUGUGAUGGAUACUUAGGCCUGGUGGGUGAACUUUCUCAUUGGAGGUCAGGUAUGCCUAAUACUGAACAUAAGUGUCUAAUCUGGAUUUUCUCAGUUACACUUAUUGUACCACCGAGUGGAGCCUGAAAGAAGUACGUUUUCGUUUGGUAAAUUAAUACAUUUAAUGUCAGUUGCUGGUAACCCUAUGAUAAAGCAUCACGGUGAUUUUAUCUAAAACUAUAUCUGGUCGCUGUCUGCCACCUAUUGGUUCGUUGUAAUAUGACAACUUGUCUCAGCAAAAUUGGAAUGACUCAAGUCCCCUGCAGUGGGAGCUCACUCACAUUAUUUCAGCCAAGCUCUGAAUGGCAUGGUAAUAAUGUGACUAUGUAGACAUUUUGACACAACCAAAGUAGAUCAGCAUAAGGUUUUCAUUUGAUUAGACUCAUAUACACACACUUACUUUAGGGGUGAGUUGCUUACUAUACCACACAGCUUUCUUUGACACCCACCAAACAAAAGCUAUUUAACUCAUGAUUUCAUUGCAUUAUUAAUGUGGUGUCACAUUGCUUUCUAUGACCGCCAGUGGCUGAAUGUGAUGGCUUGGUGCGACAUAUUGGAGUUGGGAAUUUGCUGUAUGCGUAGGCUGAGAAUUAGAAAAUGUCCUCGGCUGUUGUGUGUAAUGUAAUUGAUGGAAGAAUAAAGAUGCGUUACAUAAUAUAUUUUUUAAUUAGUAUAGAAUUUAUUUGAAAUUUAGAUUUUGGAUUAAUAAAAGGCAGUAUUGUUAUUUGUGUAAAAAUAUGGUCUUUGCAUUUGGUUUAAUUUAUUUGUUUAGUGUAAAUUGGACUGAAUAUAU